AUGGGGGAACGCAAGGUCUUGAACAAGUACUUCCCGCCGGACUUCGACCCGAGACUCAUCCCUCGGCGGAAGAUCCCAAAGAACAAGCAGAUUGAGGUGCGCAUG